AUGUCGCAGUUCAAGAAUGAGUAUCCGAUGACUUAUGUCCGGCUGGACGAUCCGCCAGCGACGCAGACGGGCAAGACUCGACCGUUAUCCACGGCAGAGCAACAGGCGGUUCUCCAGUCUCAGCCGUUUUUCUGGGGUGCUAGCUGGACCCUGGAAGUCCUGAGUUGUCUCACGUCGGCCGUGUUUCUUGUUGCGAUUAUUGUGGUGCUGUACGAGUACGAUGGAAAGCCUGUGCCUGAUUGGCCAUAUGGUAUUACGCUUAACGCAUUAGUCUCGGUUUUAUCCACGGUGAUGAAGGCCUGUAUGGUGUUCAUUGUCUGUGAAGGUCUGUCGCAGCUUAAGUGGUCAUGGUUUAGCAAUGGAAAUAAGCUCAGUGACUUGACGCUGCUAGAUGCCGCUAGUCGCGGACCUGCGGGGGCCUUUAUUGCGCUCUUGAGAUUUGUUCCUCGCCAUCUAGUGACGUUUGGAUGUGUGGUUCUCGUGUUGGCAGCAGCCACCGAUCCCUUUGUUCAACAGGUUAUUGGUAUUCAAGAACGGUCCAUUCAAGCUGCUGGAAAAUCCUCGAUUCAGGUCUGCAAUUCCAGCCUUUACACUGAUUAUGAUAUGGGUGCUGGACCGGGAAUGAACAAAGUCCCACUUUCAAAUAUGGGCGCCAUCUACUCCGGUCUUUUCCAAGAGCAGAGUCCAAACAGUAAAACUGUUAUGAUGGAGUGUGCAACUGGAAACUGUACAUUUUCACCAUAUCAGUCUCUCGGUUACUGCAGCCGCUGUUCAAACAUCACUGAUUCUCUGACACUGAGCAAAGAACCAUACGGUUCUUACUUCUCUUACAACUACAAACUACCAAAUGGGUUCUCCUUCAACACGGCCAUCAACACGAACACUAUGAUUAACUCCACAACAUACAAGCCUCUCGUCAAAUUGAACACAACAGAUCUGGCACUAAUCCUAAAUUUCACGGCCAUCAGCGCAUCCGGCUAUGGCACACCCCCCGACAUCAGCGCAACAGAAUGCGCCCUUUACUACUGCGUCGGCACAUACGACGCAGCAGUUAACGACGGAGUAUUCACAGAAACAAUGACUUCAGACGAUGGCAAAUCAAAUUCCACCACCGAUUACAGCGCCUUUGGCAAAAACGUCGCAAUCACCCCAGACACAUGCUACGUGAAUGGAACGCGACGCGAGAACAAAGAUACCCCAGAAUGCACCUAUGAGGUCAACUACUACAGCACACUCGCCAUGUCAAACUCUGUCUCCCCACUCCUCAAAGGAACAGGCUCUCGCCCCAUCAUCAACCGACCAAGCUGGUCAUCCGAUACAAUUGAAGCCGUCUACGGCACGUACGGCAAUUACAGCGAAAUCAAUUCUCUCUUUGAAUCACUCGCCUCAUCAUUGACGACACAUGCUCGGUCUAAGAUCUGCAAGUCUCUCAAGACUGGAAUGGCGUGGAAGACUCAAUCCUAUGUUCAUGUGCGCUGGCCAUGGAUGAUCCUCCCCAUCGCGCUGGUGUUUUUGAGUUUCAUUUUCUUGGUUACUACUGUGUUCCACACGAGACGGCAAUAUAUUUGGAAGUCUUCGCCGUUGGCUUUGCUUUUCUCUGAUUUAAGGAUUGAUGGGUCUGCACCGCUUAAGCCGGAACCGACGCUCAAGGGCAUGGAUAAUGCUUCUAGGAAGAUGGAUGUUUAUUUGGAGAGUUCGGCUGAGGGGCCUAGGCUUAAGGCUGUUUGUACUUCUUGA